AUUUAAGGCGAAGAGAACUGAAGCUGUUCCUGCCGCUUUACCCAGAGAUCGUGUUAAGGAUGCUGUGGCCUUUGAGACCACUGGAGUUGAUCUUUGUGGACCGCUGUACUUAAAAUCUGGGGAGAAGAUCUGGAUAGUACUGUUCACUUGUGCAGUUUAUCGGGCUGUGCAUUUGGAGUUGGUUGCUUCGCUUUCGACUGAGGCUUUCCUGCUGGCUCUACGGCGAUUCAUUGGGCGGAGAGGACGUCCCUCGUCUAUAUGGAGCGACCAGGGCACCAAUUUUGUGGGUGCAAACAAUCUGCUUGGCGCCUUGGAUUGGAAGCGAAUCGAACGAGAAACAGCUGUACAACGAAUUUCUUGGAAAUACAACCCGGCUUCCGCACCCUGGUGGGGCGGAUUUUGGGAACGUCUUGUCAGAUCGGUCAAGGAUUUACUCAAACGAAUAUUAGGCCGGUCUCGCUUGACUUACACAGAGUUAAUGACUUGUGUGAUCGAUGUGGAAGCGGUCAUCAAUCAGAGACCGUUGACUUGCGUUACAGAGGACAGUGAAGACCUAAUUCCCCUCACCCCUGCGAUGUUUCUUGGAGGAAUUACGGAGGUAUCAGUACCGGAUCUCGAUCAGUUGGAGAACAAUGGACUACGAGGAAAAUACCGCCAUUUAGCACGUGUCCGUCAGAUGCUGAAGGAGAGGUUUCGCAAAGAAUACCUAGCGGAACUUGUACAUCGUGGAAAACUACCGACUUCCCGACCGGUAAAAAUAGGAGAUGUCGUAUUGAUCGGAUCCGAUAACCGCAAACGUUUGGAGUGGCCGAUGGCAAAGGUUGUGGAGUUGCUGCCCGGCAAGGAUGGCAUACCUCGAGUAGCCAGACUGAAGCUGAGUAGUGGAGAGCUUGUUCGACCUAUUCAGCGGUUGUAUUUGAUGGAAGCUACCCCUUUAGAGAUGGACGAAGACGAGCCUGCGAGUCAGACGAAUUUUGAAGAGGCGACUACAUCUAUGGAGAAGGCGGAUUCUGACGCCGACCAGAAGAAAGAAAAGAUUGUG